AUGCUUGACACCCCAACAAAUGAAAAGCCCUUCAACAGAAUUACCGAGUUGAUGACGAAGACUUUCAAGACGCCGGUCUCCCUUAUCACACUGGUGGCGGACCCAUCGCGAGUGUGGUUUAAGAGUAAGGUUGGACCGUUUGGGGCAUGUGUGGAUCGGGAUGGUUCGUGGUGCAACUACGUGCUGGUUCCCUCGACACCAGAGAUCCUCAUAACAGAGGAUGCCAGCAAGGAUGCGCGUCUUGCACAUAAUCCCUAUGUGGCUGGCGAGCCUUUCAUUAAAUUCUAUGCUGGUGCGCCGCUUGUGGGCUCGCACGGUGAGCGCUAUGGCACACUGUGCAUCGUGGACCUGAAACAACGUGCUUUUACCGCGGAGAUGUACGCGUUGCUCAACAAUUUCGCUGCGCUUGCAGUGGAAGAAAUUGAGCGCAACAAGCCGCUCAUGGACAUCGUUGACGAAGCAUCUCACAAUGACGUAUCAAGGAACCGCAGCUUGGACAUGUCCUUGACCGCUUCGCGCGAUGGCGUCAUCAUGCUUGAUGUGCGCGAAAGCGGCUGGCCCAUCAGCUAUGCCAACCCAGCGUUCGAAUCUUCCUCGGGGCUGGACAUAGACGACCUGGCUGGGAGUGACUUCUGGGAGCUCUUCGAAGGCGAGGGGAAGGAUGAGCUGGAUAUUGCGAAGAUCCUCGGCGUCGGUGAUGCGUUCGAGAUGAGUUUCUUCUGCGAGAAGUCAAAACGCUGGCUCACCCUCAAGCUGAUGCCAGCCACCUCUGACCGGCUGGCCCCUAGCAAGGCCACUGGUAUCCCCAGCUGGGUGCCGAGCGCGUAUGACCCACCGGACACCAAGCUGGGCUUUGACGUGGAUGAUGACAAGAAGGUUGAGGUCACCAAGCGCCAACAAAGCGAACUCAUGGAUGUGGCAGACGCCAAAUGCUUUUGGUUCGCCAUCGUUCUCUCCGCCGAAUCUGACGCGUCCACAGCAUAUGGGUCGGAGGGAAAAUCUUCCGGGGCAAGAACUUCCAGUGGAAGGCGGUCGACUGAAGCGUCCUCAGGCAAGGGAGGAGCAUUCGACGGCUACCAGUCUGGCUUUGGCGAGUACAACCCACCCACGGAAUUGAGCCAGCUCCAAUUGGGGCCGCUGCUGGGGAGUGGCAGCUUCGGAAAAGUGUACCGGGGCACCAGUGACGGCACUGCCGUGGCCGUCAAGCUGAUCGAUUGCCGGGGCCGUGAAGAGGGCGCGACUGACGAUCAGCUCGCCGAGGUACAGCUGACCUGUGAUUUGGACCACCCAGGAGUCGUCAAGAUUCUGGCGCACGGGGUCUCGACUGCGAAGUCUGGUCGCCAUGAGAUUAAAGUCGUGUGGAUUGUACAAGAGCUUUGCAACAUGGGCACCCUUCAUGAUGCAGCAGAGCGCGGUUGGCUGCGGGUGAAGCGCAAGAUCACUGCGCCGCCUGACAUGGCUACUGUACUUCCGACCCUCCGCGACAUUGCGGACGCUAUGGCCUACGUGCAUGACAAGUCCAUCAUCCAUGCCGACCUCAAUGGCCGCAACGUGUUGCUUACCAGCUCAGCUUCCGACCCACGUGGCUUCGUGGCCAAAGUCUGUGACUUCGGCAUGUCACGGUUGACGAAGGACGGUCCCAUCAACACCAACGUCCUUGGUACCAUCACCCACAUGCCGCCAGAGUUGCUGAUGGACAACCUGCUGGCCCCCGUCGCCGAUGUGUGGGCCUUCGGCAUCAUCGGGUGGGAGACGUACUACGGUAAAAAGAUUUACUGCGGCAAAUCGCCCCCCCAAAUCGUCAUGACCGUCAAGAAGAACAUCCCCCUUGAGUGGCCAGCCGAAGCCCCCCAAGAGUUUGUGUCCUUGAUGAAGAAGGGUGCCCAGAGCAGAGUGUGCUCGUGAUGAUGGUCGCAAUCUCGGUAUAGACUUUGCAUGCUAGCUCCUAUCCUCUUGGAACUGCGUAGCAGUAGCUGCCUGAACGCCACCAUGUCGGGCAGAUCGCCCCAGGAAUCUUAUAGAUUCUGCUUGCCGCUUGGGGCAAGCAUUCCUAGUCCUGGUUUGCCCGGUAAGCCCUGGUAGCCAGUAAGCCUCGCAGAUCUGGUCACCGGCAAGCCCAGGUAAGAAUUCGUUUUAGUCUCGUUGUUAUUUUGCGUGUUCCCCCCCUCCCCCUGGGCUGACUCACAGCAGUGCCAUUGGCCUUCGAUGAUCGCCCUUGUCCGGAGACAAUUUUCGAGCUGCUCCUCCUCUUCCUCCUCUGCCCC